GCAAGCGACGCAUUGGGGCAGUGAGGUUACAAACUCUCCGCCAAAUGUUAAUGUAGCGAACACCUUUCAGUUUUGUUGCAGCUUUCCCAGUUUCGAAUCAUAUUCAUACAAUUUAGCAGUAUUUAUCGUUUUUAAAAUAGUUGUUUUAUUUAUUUUACGAACAAAUGGCUACACUCCGAGCACUGCAAAAACUAUGUUGGCAUUCUCAUCAUCAGGCAUACAGCUUUCACAUGUCGGCUUCAAGAAAAGAGGCUGUUGUCAUCUCAGGCAGGAGGCUGGCACGUCAGAUUCGUGAGGAGGCACGUGCUGACGUGGAGGAGUGGGUUGCUGCUGGAAACCGACGGCCUCACUUAAGUGUAGUAUUAGUGGGGGACAAUCCAGCCAGUCACUCUUAUGUUCUCAACAAGACCCGUGCAGCAGCUGAUGUGGUGUCCUCUUUGGAGAACCACAAUAUGGUCACCCUACUCUUGAAUGUACUGUAUGCAACCACAAGGAUAAGUAUUUGCAGCGAGUCCAUCUUGAAACCUUCUAGUAUUAGUGAAGAGGAGCUGCUUGAUCUGAUCAACAAACUUAACUUGGACCACAGAGUAGAUGGUCUUUUGGUACAGUUACCCCUUCCUGAUCACAUUGAUGAGCGACGUGUAUGUAAUGCUGUAUGCCCAGGGAAAGAUGUUGAUGGUUUCCAUGUGGUUAACGUUGGUCGCAUGUGCCUGGACCAGUCAACUAUGUUGCCUGCCACCCCUUGGGGGGUUUGGGAGAUUAUCAAACGUACAGGCAUACCGACAUUGGGUAAGAAUGUGGUGGUGGCUGGUCGCUCUAAGAAUGUGGGCAUGCCCAUUGCAAUGCUGCUACACACAGAUGGACGACAUGAAAGGCCAGGAGGUGAUGCCACAGUAACCAUCUCCCACCGUUACACUCCCGAAGAACAACUCCGUCAGCACACAAAAAUUGCUGACAUUAUUGUUGCUGCUGCAGGUAUUCCUAAUCUCAUCACUGCUGAUAUGAUAAAGGAGGGUGCAGCUGUUAUAGAUGUUGGUAUCAAUAGAAUACUGGACCCCUUGACUGGCAAAAACAAACUUGUUGGUGAUGUGGAUUUUGAAGGUGUAAGAAAGAAGGCCAGUUAUAUCACUCCAGUUCCAGGCGGUGUUGGACCCAUGACUGUAGCCAUGCUAAUGAAAAAUACCAUCAAGGCAGCAAAAAACAUCAUUCUAACCUCACCUCAGUGUGUGCGAAUGGCAGCGUCCUCAUAAAAUCCUCAUCCUCUGCUCACUUCACAAUCCACACUGUGCCCCCCUCCAUUUAUUUUUUUAUUUAUUUUUUUCCUUUUAUGAGGGACUCCAGGUGGAAAAGCAAUAGCUUUAACUGCUGUUUUUGAGGUUGACUGUCUAUUUUUAACCUACCAUGAUUAGACAGUUAUCCAGAAAGAGCUUUCGGUGUGUACUAAGGUUUGAGAAAAUGAAUUUGCAUUUUCAUUCAGAUAUCUCAAACUACAUUACAUAACAUUAUUUAGUGAAUUUGUUAUAUAGUUUUUAAAUGCAUUGCCAAGCAUUAGAUGCAGGUUUCAUACUUUCGUUUCUACAUUGUUACAGCUUGUUUUUUUUUUUAGCUUUGUUUAAAUCUAAAAAAAAAAAAAAAAUAGAUUUGUCAGAAUUUCUGGAUGUUUUGAAGCAUAUUUAUUAAUAAGAAAAGUUCUUGAACAACUGUUUAGACAAUGUUGUUUAGACCAUGUUGUGUUUACUUGAAGAAACAGUUGUCUUUGUGAAAUUUUAAUGUUGAUCAGUUGUGAAAUAUGAACGUGUGGGGUGAACUACAUGGUCAGUAAUGGUCAAUAGCUGUGAGUCAGCAUGGGCGAUAACUGAUCAAAUAAGCAUUGCAAAGACACACUGUUUAUUCAUUUAUUACAUUCUUAAAAGGGCUACUGUUACUGCCCAUAAUGACUGACAUGGAAAGGAAUAUAGGGGUUUGUAACUGAACUGACCCAUCACCUCUAUUUUUCUUAAUUGUUUCCCUCUUCUGGCUUUUGCUAGAAAUGAUUAUAAUGUUUAGUGGUUAGGCAGAAACUAUGCAUUCUAUAAGGAGGCGAGAAAAUUGUGUUUAAACAUAAGAAGAGCUGGGCACGUUGGUGCUGUAGAAAUACAUUAUUAAAUUUUUAUUUUAUUUUUUUUAUUUUUUUUUAGCAUUAUGUACAAUGUCUUAUGAAAUUUACAAUUGUGUUUCUCAUAAAAACAUAAACCGCC